AUGGCAAGUAUAGGAUCGAGAGCCAUCAGAGCGAAUCGAAGAGCACAAGGAAUAGCUAAUUCAAACGCCGAAUCAGGAAACGGUCCUCAGACUUCCUCGAGCGAUGGAGAAGACUUACCCCAAGAUGCUGAGAAGGAAAUAGGAGAAGACUCAAUGACGACUAAUGAACCCGAAGAAGAUCCUGAGAUGCUAGACGAAGACGAUCAAAGAGUCCGAGAAGAUGACAUCGAAGGAAGACAAGAGAUGCAAGAAGGCAAUCGAAAUGACGAUGACAUUCAACUAAGUGAAGACGAGAAUUCAGACGAAGAAAGAUUAGAAGAAGAGUCCAAUUCUACCUCAGACAAGGACACAAUCAAUCAAGACAAAGCAGGCGACAAGACUUCGGAAGAAGACGAAUCAUCAUCGAACUCAGACACAGACAGUAGUGAUUCUUCAGAAGCAGAUCAAUCUAGUUCUUCAGAUUCAGACACAGACGAUCUAAGCUUGAUUUCAUCAGGCUCCGAUUCAUUCUCAGAAUCGUCGAGUUCAGAAGAUGAAUCAGAUUCUUCCUCAGAAGAUAAUAGAAGGUCAAAGAAGAAAAAGAAACGCGCUAACAAGAAAGCCGCAAAGAUGAAGAAGUCGAAAUCAAAGUCUAAAAAGACUUCGAAAGGAAAGACGAAAGCUAAGAAGUCAAAAGAUAAAAAAAUCGAAGAGAAGAAACAAAGACAACAAGUCUUCGAAAAAGAAGUCAGAGAUAAAGAUCGAGAUCGGAUCUAUCCCAACAGGAGACUUAGUAGCCCUUCAACCUUUCUGGAGCGAACAAAUGACGGAACUUCAAACAAGUCAAACAAAGGACUCGAUGCACCUUCUGAGUACAACCUUACAUUCGGCGAAUGGUCUGAAUGCAUGAGCUUGUUUCGAAGAUACUUAGCAGGUUACUAUGACAUAGGCAUCUUAAUGACAAAGUAUGAAAACCAAGCUAAAGACAAGUCAUUAAGAGCUGGAGAAGCAAAUGGAGGAGACACUAACCCUUACGCUAAAGGAGGCCGCCUAGAGAACCGUCACCCAGAAACUGGAGCCUAUCGCUCAAACCCAUCGAGCCACUUAACAAACGUAGACAGGUUUACGCGCCAACAAAAUGAUAGCAAUCCCCUCAAACGAAAAAGAGGAAAAAGAGGAGGUCAUGCAACAGCGCAACACCAAUCACAAACUACCGUUCCAAAACCAGUUCCAAGACCAAUCCACCACAAUCUCCCAGCUAACCCGAUGAUUUAUCAACAACUGAAUCCUCUACCACAAACGACAAACGUUACAUCUAAUAGGUUUCCUAACAGAGGAGGUAGAGGGAGUUGGAGAGGUGGGAGGGGAAGCUUUCAUAACAACAGAAACGAAGGGUAA